AUGGUGUGCCCAUGGGGGGCAUCGCGGGUGGAGCUGCGCGACCUCUUCGAGGCAGCCGUGCCGGGCGUGGUGGUAAAGGUGGCCCUCAUGAAGCAGUUCGCCUUCAUCCACCUGCGCGACGAGGCAGCGGCCGAGCGCACCAUCCAGAAGCUCAAUCGGCACCUCUUGCACUGCCACCGCGUGGUCGUGGAGUUCUCCUGCCUGAGGCCCACUCACACCGUCAAGACCUUUGUGGGCAACGUCUCGGCCACCUGCACCAGCAGCGAGUUGCGUGUCCUCUUCCAGGAGUCCGGGCCCGUCAUCGAGUGCCACAUCGUGAAAGGAGUGGGAGAGGCGAGCUUGUGGCUUAGAAAUCUACUCUGUACAUGCUCAGAGGUGUUGUUACGUUCUCCACUCCUGGCUGCGAUCCCAGCAAUUGAAAUCAACUCAGCUUUAAGGAGCCCCAGUUUGACUAGCCGUCCCGCCGUGGCUGGUUUUCUCUUCACAUUACGCCAGCUCUCCUUUAGAUUAGAAGAAUUUCCUCAAGGGGUCCUGAACCCCUGCAGCCUGUCCAGUAGCUUCCGGAAGAGCUGUGAAGACUCAGGGGAAAAUGGCCAGAAUGAGUCCGGCAAAGAACAGCCAAGACAUAGGCCAAAUGGACUUUGA